CACAUCUCAGCCGUCAGAGGGCGGGUUUGUAGCGUUGUGUUCGCAGCGUGUGGCUGCUGCUGCUACUGCUGCUGAUGAAAGAAGCGGCAGGUCACCUACAGCUACACAAAUCUCAACAGCAGAGGUCCAGCGCCUUGGAUGCGACUCUAAAGCGCGUCGAGAACAAUAAGCACCGACUUACAGCUGUUAGUUUUGAAUGUGGUAGACUGUCUUGCCGUUUAUCUACCUGCACUGCUCCUUUCUAGUGAAAGAACUGGGAAAACAAAACAAAAGGUGUGACUUGAAAAAGUGCCCAGCGGGCACGCGUCAGAAGUCCGGAUAGAUUUGGCACAAGUAAAGAUGCCCAAAUAGGUUUCGUCGCAAUGGGAUUUGAGUUGAAGAACACGUAACCACUUACAAGUCACCCCGAUUCAACCCGUUGUUAAGGUAACUGGAACUUGAAAAGGCGUAUUUUCUUUCUCUUUUCGUCUUCUUCUUCUUCUUGACCGCUGGGAUGUUGUGAGUGACGCGUCGCCUGGGACAGAAGGAGCGGGGACGCAGAAGGAAGAGGGGGCACCAGAACUGGCUGAGCAGCGGAGGGAUUAUGGCUCUCGCAACGUUUUCCCUCAGCCUCAUCACGCUGGCGCUUACAAACUUGCACCUUUCGAGAGCCAGCAAUCGGCAUGCGGUGUACUGGAACAGUUCAAACCUGCUCCUCCGAAGGGAGGGAUACACGGUGCAAGUCAGUGUCAACGACUACCUGGACAUCUACUGCCCGCACUACAACACCAGUCAGCGUGGGACGCUAGAGCGUGUCGUAGCAGAGCAGUACAUCCUCUACAUGGUCGACUACCACGGCUAUCGCACCUGCAACACCCAGAAGGGCUCCAAGCGUUGGGAGUGCAACCGGCCCCAUGCGCCCCAUGCGCCCAUCAAAUUCUCAGAGAAGUUCCAGCGUUACAGCGCCUUCUCCCUGGGCUACGAGUUCAACGUGGGCAAGGAGUACUACUACAUCUCCACGCCCACGCACCACCACCACGGUCACAGCUGCCUGAGACUGAGAGUAUUCGUCUGCUGCUCCACUGUCUCCCAGGCAGACGAGGACUCCAUUCAGACUCCCGAUUACACAGUCAGGCCAAACAUCAAAAUACACAACAUUGAUGAAUUUAACCCUGAAGUCCCGAAGCUGGAGAAGAGCGUCAGUGGCAGCAGCCCCUCACGUGACCGCCUUCUUCUCACCGUGGCAAUGCUGCUCGUGUCUGCCGUCCUUUUGUCCUAGCAACAGUCGCCGAGUGGCACUUCAUGCAUAGCUGGACCCGCCUUUUGCAAAGGGCUUUGUAUCCACCAAGUUUGUGAUUACGUGAAAUCUGACAGAAACACACAGAGUCAAGGUGCAACUGAAGCGCAAUCAAAAGGACACAGACAAAAAAAACACGACAAAAAACAACAAAAAAAAUCCAACAAAAACAAACUUUAACUUAGCUUAAUGGACUUUAAAAAAAGAGGCCUUUUUUGCUGUCAUAUUUACACCAGUGUAUUUUGACACUCCAUGUGCUCCAUAGUGUAGGGGUUUACACAUUCACCUAACAAGCGAAAGAUUCCCAGUUGCAUCCCAGGAGGAGACGCAAAUCCCUUCGGGGUUGUGUCAGGAAGAGCAUCCGGCGUAAAAAUCUGCCAAAUCAAUUAUGCGGAGCUACCGGCUGUGGCCUUAUCCCUUGUGAAAAAGGGAGCGGCCGAAAGUAGCUUCUUACAUGUUGCUGGAUAUCAUUAUCACACCACUACCACCUUUAUUGCGGGUGUUGAGACCAAAACAACACUCAGAGUCCGACUUCUGCGCUGCUCCGAAGCCUGAUGAGAGUAAGAAAACUGACUUGUAAUAACUUGGGUGCAGACUACACGCUCUUAUUGUAGCAUGGAUAUCAAAUCACCGGAGGAAUUUAAGCUGCUUUCUCUUCAACUUUGAGCUUUGAAGAAGAUUGGAAACCUGGACUCCGCAGCGGCUUUUUAGUCCUUGGACCACAGGCCCAGUCUGAUGAUGCAUUAAACCCAACUUUGAUGUAGUAAUGAGCAAGAUGGACUCUGGAUCUGUACUGAUCUUACCCAGACUAUCAGGACAUAAUCAGUCGUGAUGAGAACUCCUGCUGUUGCGCUGGACAUUGAAGAAUGUUUUAACACUGAUGUGAGGAAGCUGGUGGUAAUAACAGUCCAAGAAAGGGGAAAGACUUUGUGAUAUAUCCACGAGCCUUUCAAAAAUCCAUUUUCACCAGACAUCAAAAAAAUACCCCUAGCUUUGUGAUAGGUACAGAUGCAAAGCCUGCAUUUCUUAGAAGGUAGGAAGUGCCCUCUUAGAACUAGUCUUUUGUCUGCAUUUCCUGCCUUCACACUGUAACAACCCUAGAAAAGUACAGACCCUGGACUAGUAAUUUGAUGGCACUUAGACGUGGUAGAUGUGGUAGAUGUGUGUUUUGUUCUGACGCAUUUACCUUCAGCACUUGGCGUAGAUUUUCCGGAUGUCAAACCUUCGCUGCAAUCAGCACAGUCAUUCAGAACGUCACUAAUUUACAGUUCUUUUAAAAAAAAAAGAAAAAAAAAAGAAACUCUCACAGCAGCAAGUCCCCUUUUAAUCCCAGACAACCCUGUCUGUUCCUUUUUCCACAGCCAAUCAGUGCUGAUGACCAUUAACAGCAGUCACAGUCACCCUGGAAACAACCCCAUACAGUCGCCAAAGUGCGGCAGGUGCCUGAGGAGAAACUGUGCUUUGAGUCUCAAAGUAACGCUGCCGCCAUUUUGUUAAAAAAAUAUAUAUAUAAAGACGUUAAAAAAAAAACACUUGUGAAUGUGCAAAUAAAGAGAAGUUCACUUUUUUAUAUUGUAAUACAGGACAGCGUAGGCUUAAUCAGAUUACAAUGUAUGCUUUUUUUAUUUAUUUAAUUUUUCAAACGUAUUUAUUUUAUCAUUAAACUAUUUAUUUACCUAAUUUAUUAGCGUGCAUUUGUAGGCCUUUGCUUAAUAAGCUAUCGUGCCAUUUUUUUUUAAAUUCUUAUUCUUUUUUUCUAUUAUUACAGUGAAUUUUUUACUGCAGCAUUUUUGCUUGUGUAGAUAAAUCGAUGUAACUCAGCCUGACACAAAGAGAAGGUUAUUGUUCAUGACUAAUCAGUAGGGACGUACGCGCAGUAACCCCACUCUCAUGUAACGGAUACUGCUUACCAGAUUUCGUUGCUGAAGAGCAUGUCAUAAACCAACUGUGAAUGCAGUGGCAGGCCAUGCCGAUUGAGGGGCAGCAUCUCAAAGUGUUGCGCUUGCGAAAUGAGGGAUGCGUGCGUCGUAAUGUAUAUUUAUAAUACAUGCCGGUUGUGGAAUGUGCGUGUGAGUUUGUGUGUGUGCGUGCGCGUGAGAGCGAGCAGGGUGAGAAAAAAAAACAAAACGAAACAAGCAUAUGUGUGCACAUUUGUGCGUAUGUAUGUAGAAUGUGUUUGUCCGCGCUUUUCAAGUAUGUGGCAUUUAGGAAUUUCGUACUCAUAAAGGAGUCAUUUGUAGGAUCUGAAUAUGCAAGUGCGUACGAGAGAAUGUGCUCUUCUGUAAUGUUAGUUUAUGUUAUGGGGUUUGGGACGUGGGCGAAAAGCAUUUACCGAUGUUGAAGACAAGCACACGAAAUGUGUUUGCCUUUGACGAGAAUGAUUAAACAACUGUAAAUUGAACCAAGAAUGAUUAAAACAAUGCCAAUUAAAACCUUUUUUGCAAA